AUCGAUACCCUCCUCCCCCUCACUCUUACAGCAACCCGCCCAAAACCCUAAACCUCCAGGGUUUUGCAGAGCUGCAUAAAACUUGCCUCUUUAUUUUCCUUCCAAUUUUCUCUUCGAAAUCGCAGUGUACAAUCUAAGGUCAUUCUAAUGGGCAAGUCAAGCAAGAAAUCGGCCUCUAAAGUUGAGGCAGCUCCUGCUGCAGUUCCUCCAGCUAAGUCUGCCAAGAAAGGUAAAAGAGAAGCUGAGGAUAAGUUAAUUAAGGUUGUGGAUGUAAAGAAGCAGAAGAGAGAUGAGAGUUUAGAGCAAGCUGCUCAAAAAAAGAAGAUUGAAACGAAGACAAAGAAGAAAAAAGAUGAGUCUACUUCUGAUGAGUCUGAUGAAACUUCAUCCGAGUCUGAGGAAGAGAAGAAAAAGAAGAUUAAGUCAAAGACACAGAAGAAGAUUAAAUCAAAGAUACAGAAGAAGAAAGAAAAGUCUAGUUCUGAGGAGUCUGAUGAAACUUCAUCUGAGUCUGAGGAAGAGUCUCAGAAAAAGAAGAUUGAGACAAAGAUACAGACGAGAAAAGAAUUGUCUAGUUCUGAGGAGUCUGAUGAAUCUUCAUCUGAGUCUGAGGAAGAGAAGAAGCCUGCCGCCAAGCCUGGAAUUGUUCCAAAGAAACCUAUUAUUUCAAAUGGAGUAUCAUCUAGUAACCCUGAUUCCUCCGAUGCUUCGGAUGAUGAUGAAUCUGAGGAGGUUGAUAAACCUGAUGCCAAAGCUACAGUUCCUGCAAAAAAGAACUCUGUUUCUUCUAAAAAUGGUACUAAUGAUUCUUCAGAUGAUAGCUCCUCAGAGGAUGAACCUCAGAAGAAAACAACUAAAGUCACCACCCAACCAAAAAAGUUACCUGCAACUGCUGCCAAGAAUGGAUCUGCAGCUACUCCCAAAAGUGUAGGGACGUCCAGUGAUAGUUCAGAAUCAGAUGAUUCAGAUUCAGAUUCAGAUGAUGAAAAGAAACCUGCUGUCAAAGUUGCUGAUGGUGUUAAGAAAUCAGCUUCUGGUGCAAAGAAAGAGGAAUUGUCUGAAAGUUCAUCAGAAACUGAAUCUUCAGAAGAUGAGGAGAGUUCUGAGGAAGAAUCUGAGCCUCAAUUGAAAAAACCAAAACUUACAGUAUCAAAUGCUGUAAAACCAAGUGUAAAAGCUGUGAAAAAGGAAACCAGCAGUGAAAGUUCGGAUGAUGAAGAAAGUUCUGAUGAAGAAGAAACUAAAAAAGUAUCGAAUGCUGUAAAACCAAGUGUAAAAGCUGUUAGAAAGGAAAGCAGCAGUGAAGGUUCUGAUGAUGAAGAAAGCUCUGGUGACAGUUCGGAUGAAAAGCCAUCAAAGGUACAAAAAGUCAAGCCUUCUAAAGCUUCAAAGCAAAGCAGCAGUGAUUCGGAAUCAGAGAGUGAGUCUUCUGAGGAAGAAGAUGAGGAAGCAACUUUAAAAGCUCCAAACAAAAAUGCUAAUGACGUUGAAAUGGUAGAUGCCUUUUCAUCUGAGAAGAAAGCUCCAAAAACACCUGUUACGCCUAAAACCACUUCAACCACUUCUUCGAAGACAUUGUUUGUAGGCAACCUGUCAUUUAACAUUGAACAAGCUGAUGUGAAAAAUUUCUUUAAAGAUGCUGGUGAAGUUGUUGAUGUUCGUUUAGCAACAAACGAGGAAGGAAUGUUCAAGGGCUUUGGACAUGUUGACUUUGCAACUGCUGAAGCCGUAAAUAAGGCCCUAGAAUUGAAUGGCAAAGAUUUGUUGGGUCGUGCUGUGAGACUUGAUGUUGCUCAUGAAAGGGGUGCAUAUGCCAGCCAAGAGCACAACUCAUUUCAGAAAAGUAGAAGAGAACAUAGCCAAACAGUUUAUAUUCGGGGCUUUGAUAAAUCCUUUGGAGAGGAUGAGAUUAGAAGCUCGUUGGAAGAACAUUUUGGUUCGUGUGGAGAGAUUUCAAGGAUUUCCAUCCCAAAAGAUUAUGAGACUGGUUCAGUUAAAGGAUUUGCUUACAUGGACUUAAAAGAUGGCAACGGUUUCAACAAAGCCCUAGAACUUAAUGGUGUUGAGCUUGGAGGCUAUGCAUUGGUUGUAGAAGAGGCAAAACCCCGAGGUGAUUUCCGUGAUGGUAAUAGGAGUGGUGGAAGAAAUAGUGGCGGCCGAUUUGGUGGAAGAGAUAGUGGUGGCCGAUUUGGUGGAAGAGAUAGUGGUGGCCGAUUUGGUGGAAGAGAUAGUGGCGGCCGAUUUGGCAGCCAGCGUGGAGGUGGCAGAUUUGGUAGCCAGCGUGGAGGUGGCAGAUUUGGUGGUAGAGGACGUGGAACACCUAAUAAACCUAACCUGGCUGCAUCUGGAACUGGGAAGAAAACAACCUUUGGUGAUGAUGAGUAGGUAAUAUUGGGGAAUUUUGAACAAUUCGCCCCGCUUUUCCGGUUUCUUCCAUAUAUAAUAUUCUGAUAAGUAAUUUAAAUUUUAUGAUUCCGUUAUGGUUUUGACUUGCUCGACAUCUUGGUACAAGUUGGCAAUUUAUGUUUUGUUGAAGUUCUGGACUCUAAAUUUAUUAAUUUAAUAGUGUCUUCUAUCUUCUGUUGCA